GUGCUGCGGUGGGCGGCGCAGCGCGCGCGCCGCGGCUGCACCCGCAAGCUGCUGCUGCGGCGGGUGCCCAUCCUGGCGUGGCUGCCGCAGUACACGCUGGCCAAGGGCGUGGCCGACCUGGUGGCCGGCUUCACCGUCGGCCUCACCGUCAUCCCGCAGGCCAUCGCCUACGCCAGCGUCGCCGGCCUGCCGCCGCAGUAUGGGCUGUACUCUUCAUUCAUGGCAUGCUUUAUCUACACAAUCUUUGGUAGCUGCAAAGACAGCCCUGUUGGACCUACUGCAAUAGCUGCUAUCUUGACCAGGGAAAACCUGCAAGGCCUGGGACCACCAUUUGCAGUGCUCCUAUGUUUCCUCAGUGGCUGUGUUGAGUUACUCAUGGGUAUACUGCAAUUAGGUUUCCUUAUUGACUUCAUAUCUGGACCUGUGUCAGUUGGAUUCACAUCAGCUGCGGCCAUCAUAAUUGCUACAACACAAGUAAAGGAUGUACUUGGUCUGAGGUUCUCUGGAAGUGAGUUCCUCGAAGUGUGGCGCAAAUUAUUUGAGCAUAUAACAGAAACAAGAAAGUGGGAUGCUAUACUUGGAUUUGCUUGUAUGGCUGUCCUGUUGCUUCUUCGAAAAGUGAAAGACAUUCCUGUUGGUCCUGCUGAUCCAAAGGAAAAAACAAAAAUUCAGAAAAUUCUUGGUCAACUCCUUUGGUUUGUUUCAACUACAAGAAAUAUAAUUGUUGUUGUCGUAUGUGCUGUAAUGGCAUACAUGUUCAAAGAGCAUGGGGAGGAACCAUUUAUUCUUACAGGAGAAAUCAAAGGUGGCCUCCCAGAAUUCACUUUUCCACCAUUUUCUGCUGAAGUGAACAACCAGACAUACACAUUUUUGAACAUGGUUUCUAAUCUAAGUUCUGCUACAUUUGUUGUUCCAUUGCUGGCCAUUCUGGAAAACAUAGCUCUGGCUAAAGUAUUUUCUGAAGGUAAACCAGUAGAUGCUACACAAGAAAUGAUUGCUCUGGGCGUGUGCAACAUCAUGUCUUCAUUUGUGGGUUCUAUGCCUGUAUCUGGAGCAUUGUCUCGUGGAGCUGUAAAUCAUGCAAGUGGAGUCGCCACAACGUUUGGUGGCAUUUACACAGGAAUUAUUGUGAUACUCUCUCUUCAUUUAUUCACACCAUACUUCGCGUACAUCCCAAAAGCAUCUCUUGCAGCAGUUAUUAUUGCUGCUGUUGUGUUCAUGGUAGAAUUCCACGUGGUGAAGCCUAUGUGGAGAACAAAAAAAAUAGACCUGAUCCCUGCAUGUGCAACAUUUUUGUCAUGCCUUUUCUACCGCUUGGAACUGGGCAUUGUAGUCGGCAUUGGAAUUAAUGUUGUUUUCCUAUUAUAUGCCUCUGCAAGGCCAUCAGUCAAGGUGGAAAAAUUUGUGAGUUCAUCAGGAUGUGAAUAUCUACUAAUUACUCCUGACAGAAGCUUAGUAUUCCCAUCUGUUGAAUAUGUACGAAAUGUGGUUUCAAAAGCAGGCAUUAAACAGGGAUCAAGCUCAAUUCCAGUUGUUAUUGACAGUCGACAUAUUCAAGCUGUUGACUUUACAGCAGCUAAGGGUAUCAAGUCUUUGAUUGAAGACUUCUACAAACGAAAUCAACCAAUACUCUUUUACAACCUAAAACCAAGUGUGGUAGAAAUUUUCCAGGGAGUGCAACCCAAAGAUCUUAAGCAUUGUAGCAAUGAAGCAGAGUUGAAUGAAAUGCUGAAAGCAUAUGCAAACCAAACACAAGGACACCAACAGCAGAUGACUCUCAGGAUUUGAAAUCGCAGUAUUCAUCAUUUGUCAGAGUUGGGAUUUUGUGAUCAACCCAAUGUUUCUUCAGUGUCCUAGAACUAGAAAUAUUUGAAUUAAUUACAGAAACAUAAGGUUCAGUGAUGCUAAAGCUGGUGUGUUCUGUGAACUACACAUAAGCGUUAUUAUUGAAGAAUGAACUGUGGCUUCAGAUUGGCUUGAAUAUUCAUGCAACAAAACAGUAUUGAAUUCCUAUUUGUGUGUGUGUGUGUGUGUGUGUGUGUGUGUGUGUGUGUGAGCACCUAUGUGUGCAUGCAUGACCAUUUGUAGUAUUAUACAUACAAUUUAUACUACACAUCUCCUGCAUUCCUGUAAAUGGAGAUGUAAUAAUUGUAAAAAUAUUGUUGUACAAUCAAUGUGUAAUAUUAAUUUAUAAAAAGUCAAACAAAGAACAAUAUUGCACUAUUGUGUAUAUAGAUAAGCAUAUUUAUAAAUGUCUCUCAUCAACCAAAGAAACUUUUUUCCUUUUUUAUAGAGAGUUGGAGAAAAGAUGUAGAUUAAAUUCGAGAUUUUCAUUUUGUGUUGAUGCCAUUAUUAUACUUAACUUGCCAUUCCUAUAUUCCUUUUGUCUCCUGUCCCAUUUUCACACCAACUGAUGCUCAGAUGCUUCAAAGUAUCAGAUAUUACUGUUUGUUAU